ACAGGUCAUUUGGUAGGGGACCUCAACGGUCGGUUAAGUCAGUAACUCUCUAUUUCAGACAGUUGAGUGAGGCGACUGCGAAAAUUUAUUCCGCAUUCUGUUAAAGUGUAGAGUGAACUUUUAUCAACAGUUAUGUUUAGAUUGACUGCUGCAAUCUUCUUUUUAUCGGUUGCAACCGUUAUUGCCUUCCCUACCAACAAUGAACAACUGGACAAGGCAACAAUAAAUGAUGUGGCGGUGAAUACAGUGUCAGAAGAAAAGAAAGUUGAACAAACUGUUGUGUCUUCUGAUCCUCAGCAACCAGCAGCACCAGCAUCAUCAAUUCAGAUAACGGGUAUCACUACCGGAUUGAAUCCAUCACCUGCAGCACCCGCAACAGAAAAUACCCCGUUCAAACCGGUUCGAACGGGAUCUGUUUUCGCUAGAUUCAUCGAUGAUAUAUUCCAGAUUCCAAUAGCAGUACUUCAGAAUGUUGCAAAACUGAUAAGCAAUCCAUUUAAUCAACGAAAAAACCCAGAAGUAGUAGCUACAGUAUCAUAAACAGAUAGUUUUUUAUACCGUUUAUUCCACAAAUCUUGCUUUCAUAAUUGAUAACAUAUUUUCUACAAAUUUGCUAACAAAUUACUUGAAAAAUUGAUACUUGUUUACUUUUAUGCAGUAUUAGAAACCACAAAUCGAAAAAACAGAAACAAUUCGUUUUAUCGGUUUCUAUCAAUUCUAAUUUAUUUCCUUUUUGUUUCCAGAAAUUUUAAUAUUUUUCUUCUUUGUUAACUACUUCUUCCUAUUUCUUUAUUAUACUUUCCAAACUCUCUUUCAUUCAUUUUUAAAUUACUCGUGGUUUCUCUCUUUUCUAUCUACGUCUUCCCUACCAGGAAUUUAUGAUUUCCAUAGUUUCUUCAUUGUUCACUGUUACACUAUUGAACUUGAUUUGACAUUAUUUAGUUUGUUUGGAUCAUAUAUUGAUCAUAUUACUUUUAUUUUCAAUAUUUACAAUGAAUGUUUCAGCUUCGUUUGUCACCCACUUAUCAUUUUAUAAAUUCCCUUUGUUCUGAUAUUACUUCACCUUCAAAUAUAUUUCUAUUAACGUUAAAUGCAUCAUUUGCUUCUUCAGUUUCUAAUUAAUCCAGUUGGUAUAUUUUUAGGUUACUUUUCAUGAAUUGAUGGUAGUUUUCCUAAAAUAACAUGACAAAUGAAAGAGCGGAAAAUUCUGUAUAAAAAAAUGUUGUAUUCGAUUUCUAAAAAUGUGUAUUUAGUGAAGACAUUUUACUGCUCACAACUUUAAUUUUCUCACCGACAGAAAACAAAUUAUCAAUUGAGACCACAUAGGGGUGGUAUUUACACCAGCUCGGUGAACUUUCAGGAUCGAUUUUUUGUUGUUGUGUUGUGGGGUGUCCAUUAUGCAGAAUUUCUACUUUCUAUUUCACUAUUUCAGCUCAGAGGGAUUUUUGGUUUCUAGCGAUUGGGCUAAUAUCUAAUUUCGUGUUAUUUCUAUGAGUUAUUUAUCGAAAAUAACCAAACCGGAACAAAUGGAAGCUAGGGAUGGUCUCUAAAGGAUAAUGAAUAUCAGAUUAGCCCAUAUAAUGUUGUUAAUACUUAUUAUUGAUUGUACUAAAUUUUUAAAAAUGUUACUAAAAUUUAAAAUCUUGAAUCCUGUGGUCAGUGUCUUUAUGAUUAAUGUUCACUUCUUAUUCUUUUGUAGUUUUCUCUAACUGUGUUUUCAUCAUCCAUUUCAUUUUUGCUUAUAAUGACAAUAAUUACAUAAUUUGUUCAUGUCGUAAUCAGGACGAUAUUUCGCAUAUUAUUUUGUGUUUUGUUACGAAUGAUUCAUUAACUUAUGGUCCCGUCCCCUUCCUGAUAUUUCGAUUUAUUGUUUUAUAUUCUCCUCAUGGUUUUUGUCCCUUUUUAUAUGAUUUCUACUAAGAUUAUGAGUUAUUGCAAAUUUUUUUAUAUUUGUGAAUCGAACGGAAAUGAAUUUUUUAUGAUGUGUUGUUAGCAUUUUUGAUAGAUAUCGAUUUUUCGUGAAAUACUAUAGAGCGUUAAUGAUUUGAUCAACCAUCAUAGUUUUAUUUGUAAAUAUGUUAUUUGUUAAGUUUUGUUACGUGAAUAAAAGUAUCAAUGAAU